AUAUAAAGCUAGAGCGAAAUUUUCUCUCUUUGGUUUUGUCAAACCGUGUAGGAGAUUCCACCGCCGCCGUUCACCGCCGCCACCGCAACUCUGGUGCUGAUACGAGGUCCGAGGCCUGCAAUCCGACGGAAUCUUCGUUCCCUUCACCGUCUGCCUCUUCUCCCCCUCUUGGGGAUGCCGAUCAAGAGGCCGCCCUACGACCGCCUGAACCAUCGUCCUCACCAUCUUUGUCUCCGACGGCGCCGGUAGUUCCAGAAAUUAUAAUGUCCUUCAGGGAUCCUAACGCCCUCUUCAGUGGCGGCGGUAUCAGUUUUCUUUCCCGGAAUCAGACUGGAAAAUUCAGCUAUGCCUAUUCUAGUUUUAAGGGUAAAAGGGCUUCGAUGGAGGACUUCUAUGAGACAAGGAUUUCUGAAGUUGAUGGGCAGAUGGUCGCUUUUUUUGGUGUUUUUGAUGGUCAUGGAGGUUCCAGAACAGCUGAAUACCUUAAGCGCCAUCUUUUCAAGAAUCUAAGUAGCCAUCCAGACUUUAUCAAAGACACAAAGACUGCAAUUAUUGAGGUUUUUAGACAGACAGAUGCCGAUUAUAUUAAUGAAGAGAAAGGGCAAAAGAAAGAUGCUGGUUCAACUGCAUCAACUGCUGUUCUGUUAGGGGACCGCCUCCUUGUUGCAAAUGUUGGGGAUUCCAGAGUCGUUGCUUCUAGAGCUGGUUCAGCUAUUCCCCUCUCUAUUGAUCACAAACCUGAUAGAUCAGAUGAACGGCAAAGGAUUGAACAAGCUGGAGGUUUCGUUAUUUGGGCAGGAACUUGGAGGGUUGGUGGUAUUCUAGCAGUUUCGCGUGCCUUUGGAGAUAAGCUACUCAAACGAUACGUUGUUGCUGAUCCCGAAAUUAAGGAAGAAGAAAUUGAUGGUGUAGAUUUUAUCAUUAUUGCGAGCGAUGGACUUUGGAAUGUCAUAUCAAAUGAGGAAGCUGUAGCAUUAGUGCAACACAUCCAAGAUGCAGAAGCGGCAUCAAGAAAACUAAUCCAAGAAGCUUAUUCACGAGGGAGUUCCGACAACAUUACAUGCGUCAUUGUACGAUUCGGAUUAUCAUAACUCGAUACGAUCCGAUCCCGAGGGUAUUGGAGACUUUGUACGAAGUAGCAAAUGACAGUUCUUUCCCACUGGAAUGUCAUGACUAACUACAGUUAGUGGUCUUAUGUAUUAUGACAUUAUGACAAGUUCCGACUCUUGCUGCAUACUUAUUUUAUGUAUGUGUUGGUUUCAUCCAAGUACUGAUGUUUAUUUCUAUUUAUUAAUCUUAAUAGUCUCUACUAUUAAUAUGUGGUGUUAUAAUGAAAAUUGAUGUAGUGUUGGUGCCAUUCAUGGUAAGCCCAUUCAAAUAAAAAGGACAAUGUGUAAACUUUUAAGUA